AUGUACGAAAUAGAGGAAAGUAUAUGUAUCUACCUGUCUGUACAUCUAUCUAUCUAUCUAUCUAUCUAUCUAUCUAUCUAUCUAUCUAUGUCUAAAAAAAAAUAUUUAAAACGAAAAAACAAAUCUAUCUAUCUCCGUCUCUCUAUCUCCAUCUCUCUAUCUCUCUAUCUAUCUAUCUCUCUAUCUCUCUAUCUAUCUCUCCAUCUAUCUCUCUAUCUAUCUCUCUAUCUAUCUCUAUAUAUAUCUAUCUAUCUAUAUAUCUAUCUCUCUAUCUAUCUCCAUCUCUCUAUCUAUCUAUCUCCAUCUCCCCAUCUCUCUAUCUGUCUAUCUCCAUCUCCCCAUCUCUCUAUCUGUCUAUCUCCAUCUCCCCAUCUCUAUCUGUCUAUCUCCAUCUCCCCAUCUCUCUAUCUGUCUAUCUCCAUCUCCCCAUCUCUAUAUCUAUCUCCAUCUCCCCAUCUCUCUAUCUGUCUAUCUCCAUCUCCCCAUCUCUAUCUGUCUAUCUCCAUCUCCCCAUCUCUCAUCUGUCUAUCUCCAUCUCCCCAUCUCUCUAUCUGUCUAUCUCCAUCUCCCCAUCUCUCUAUCUGUCUAUCUCCAUCUCCCCAUCUCUCUAUCUGUCUAUCUCCAUCUCCCCAUCUCUAUCUGUCUAUCUCCAUCUCCCCAUCUAUCUAUCCAUCUCCCAUCUCUCCAUCUCUCUAUCUCCAUCUCCCCAUCUCCAUCUCUCUAUCCCCAUCUAUCUCAUCUGUCUAUCUCCAUCUCCCCAUCUCUCUAUCUGUCUAUCUCCAUCUCCCCAUCUCUAUCUGUCUAUCUCCAUCUCCCCAUCUCUCUAUCUGUCUAUCUCCAUCUCCCCAUCUCUCUAUCUGUCUAUCUCCAUCUCCCCAUCUCUCUAUCUGUCUAUCUCCAUCUCCCAUCUCUAUCUGUCUAUCUCCAUCUCCCCAUCUCUCUAUCUGUCUAUCUCCAUCUCCCCCAUCUCUCUAUCUGUCUAUCUCCAUCUCCCCAUCUCUAUCUGUCUAUCUCCAUCUCCCCAUCUCUCUAUCUGUCUAUCUCCAUCUCCCCAUCUCUCUAUCUGUCUAUCUCCAUCUCCCCAUCUCUAUCUGUCUAUCUCCAUCUCCCCCAUCUCUCUAUCUGUCUAUCUCCAUCUCCCCAUCUAUCUCCAUCUCCCAUCUCUAUCUCCAUCUCUCCAUCUCUAUCUGUCUAUCUCCAUCUCCCCAUCUCUCUAUCUGUCAUCUCCAUCUCCCCAUCUCUCUAUCUGUCUAUCCCCCAUCUCCCCCAUCUCUCUAUCUGUCUAUCUCCAUCUCCCCAUCUCUCUAUCUGUCUAUCUCCAUCUCCCCAUCUCUCUAUCUGUCUAUCUCCAUCUCCCAUCUCUCUAUCUGUCUAUCUCCAUCUCCCCAUCUCUCUAUCUGUCUAUCUCCAUCUCCCCAUCUCUAUCUGUCUAUCUCCAUCUCCCCAUCUCUCUAUCUGUCUAUCUCCAUCUCCCCAUCUCUAUCUGUCUAUCUCCAUCUCCCCUCUCUCUAUCUGUCUAUCUCCAUCUCCCCAUCUCUCUAUCUGUCUAUCUAUCUCCCCAUCUCUCUAUCUGUCUAUCUCCAUCUCCCCAUCUCUCUAUCUGUCUAUCUCCAUCUCCCCAUCUCUCUAUCUGUCUAUCUCCAUCUCCCCAUCUCUCUAUCUGUCUAUCUCCAUCUCCCCAUCUCUCUAUCUGUCUAUCUCCAUCUCCCCAUCUCUCUAUCUGUCUAUCUCCAUCUCCCCAUCUCUCUAUCUAUCUCCAUCUCCCCAUCUCUCCAUCAUCUAUCUCCAUCUCCCCAUCUCUCUAUCUGUCUAUCUCCAUCUCCCCAUCUCUCUAUCUGUCUAUCUCCAUCUCCCCAUCUCUCUAUCUGUCUAUCUCCAUCUCCCAUCUCUCUAUCUGUCUAUCUCCAUCUCCCCAUCUCUCUAUCUGUCUAUCUCCAUCUCCCCAUCUCUCUAUCUGUCUAUCUCCAUCUCCCCAUCUCUCUAUCUGUCUAUCUCCAUCUCCCCAUCUCUAUCUGUCUAUCUCCAUCUCCCCAUCUCUCUAUCAUCUAUCAUCUCCCCAUCUCUAUCUGUCUAUCUCCAUCUCCCCAUCUCUCUAUCUGUCUAUCUCCAUCUCCAUCUCUCUAUCUCCAUCUCCCCAUCUAUCUCCAUCUCUCUAUCUCCAUCUCCCCAUCUAUCUCCAUCUCUCUAUCCAUCUCUCUAUCAUCUCCAUCUCUCUAUCCGUCUGUCUCCCUCCCUCUCUCUGUCUUUUUCUUUUUAGUCUGUAAGGCCACAAACAUGGAGCAACCUGUACAGAUUGAUCCCAGUGCAGUAUUAAGUCAACUAGACUAA